UGAUAAAAGUAAUAAUUUGGUUCUAUUUACCCACUAACCAAAAUGAUUGGUGGCAUUGAGAUAAGUUUUGUUUCGGAGAAGGUGAUGUCACAGUUUAAUGCCUAGCUAUUGUUUUUUUCCUCUCUUAAUUUAUCUGCUACUUACCUCCCAAGUAAUGCCUAUCAAAUACAGGCCCACAUUUUUCAACAAAUUUAAAAUUCCCUCAACCUUGUCAUCUUCUUUUAUGAAUUUCAAACUACAAAAAUACUCGUUUUUUAAAUUGAUUUCUGAAGGUGAAGUCAUAGAACAGCAGCCAGAGAAGAAUACAUGAACCACCACAAAACUGAUGAAUGAAUGAUUCUCUUUGUAGAGGUUAUUUAAGGUCUAUUUCAUAUAAAAACCUCUACUCCUCUUUCCCUUUUCCAUGCCUAUCAAAAGGGAGUUUUUAGCUUCAUUUGAUUGAGAUAUUGGCCCUUCUGAAGAUCAGUAGAUUCCGAAAAAGAAUUCGCCAUUGGAGAAUCAAUGAUCCAGUUAAGUUUGAAUGUUUGUUUCCUCUUUUCUGUGUUCUUUGUUGUUGAAGCUCAAAUUGAUUCUCAAGAUGCUGAAAACAGUGCUUUCCAGCCAAGUCUUGGCUUCGUGAUUGGGAUUCUAGGAGUUAUGUUUUUGUUGACAUUUAUUCUUCUUGUUUAUGCAAAGUUCUGCCAUAGAAGAGCUUCUAUUAGUGUGGAUGGUGUAAAUCAUCCUAGACAAAUCAGGUCAAGUUCUCGGUUUUCUGGAAUUGAUAAGACGGUGAUUGAAUCUCUUCCAUUCUUUAGAUUCUCCACACUGAAAGGUACCAAAGAAGGGCUGGAAUGUGCAGUCUGUCUUUCGAAAUUUGAAGAUAUCGAAAUUCUUCGGUUAUUGCCAAAGUGCAAGCAUGCUUUUCAUAUUAACUGCAUUGAUCAUUGGCUAGAAAAACAUGCUAGCUGUCCCCUUUGCAGGCAAAGAGUUGGCUCCGAGGACUUGAAGCUUCUUUCAAAUUCAAGCAGCAUGAGAUUCUUAUUGAGCAACUUAUCAGAACUGAAACAAGAUUCGAACAUAGAGCUCUUUGUACAGAGAGAAGAAGAAGAACAACAACAACAACAAAUACUCCAUGGCUCUUCUAGAUUCAGUAUUCGAAGAAGCUUCAGAAAGAUCUUAAAGAAUGAUAAGGAAAAUGAAAUGUUGAUACCACAAGCUUCUUGUGAUUAUGAAGAUGAGAAAAUGAAAAACUUACACAGACACAACCACAAAAUUAUCGUAUCGGAUUUCGUUUUCAUGAAUCGAUGGAGCAACAUAAGUUCCUCCGAUUUGAUGUUCUUGAACAAAGAGAUGAUUGAUGCGAUUUCAAGCUGUAGAUUCACUUCCUUAGAUACAGAUAUUGAGCAGUCAACUCUACCAAGAUCAAUGCAAAUUGAUGAAAUCUUGAAGAUCAAAGAGGAGAUGGAAAUAAAGAGAUCAUUUGAGAGCAAACUCAACACAAAAAUCCAAAGCAACUCAAUUCUUGGGUACCCUUCUACAUCACAAUCUUCUACAAAUCCAAGUCAAACAACAAGAAUUACAAGCCCAGAUGCAAGAAGAUCAGUGUCAGAAAUCACAGGCAUAUCAAGAUUUGGUCAUGAUGAUGAUCUGUAUAUGAAUUUUAACAGAAAAGUUGAAAAUGGGGAAUCUUCUGAUCUGGAAAGCAGUGUAAAGCAAGAAAGAAUGAGGAAAAUUUGGUACCCAAUUGCUAAAAGAACAGUUCAAUGGUUUGCUAAUAGAGAAAAAAGGUUUCAAACAGCUGAGAACAGACAACAAAUAGUAGAAACAGUAUAAAUCAAACCAGUUCUUUUACCUUUUCUCUUCAAUUAAAUUUCUUUUGUAGUUUCCUUUUACUGGGUCCCCAACUAGGUCCCAAAUUUAGAGAACUUUUAGUUUAGAUAUUUAAAGAAAUGGAUUUCUUUUAAAUGUUACUAUACAAUUCAUAAGUUCUUAGACUCUA